AUGGCUGCCAGAUCAGAUCUUUGCUGUCCAGUUUGUCUGGACAUCUUCAAAGAGCCGGUUCUUCUGCCGUGCAGCCACAGCUUCUGUAAGGACUGUCUGGACAGCUGGUGGAGAGAAAACCCAGCACACGACUGUCCAGUCUGUCAGAAACAAUCUACAAUGCACGAUCCACCGUGUAACCUGGCUCUGAAGAACCUGUGCGAGACGUUCAUAGAAGAGAGAAAUCAGAUAACUCCGGAGGAUCUCUGCAGUCUGCACUCUGAGAAACUCAGUCUCUUCUGUCUGGACCAUCAGGAGCUAGUGUGUGUGGUCUGCGGCACCUCGGAAAAGCACAGCGACCACACGUUCAAGCCCAUCGAUAAAGCUGCACAACAACACAAGAAUGAGCUUCAGGAAACUGUGGAAGCUUUAAAGCAGAAGUUAAAGGUCUGUGAAGAAGUCCAAGUGAAGUUUGAUCAAACAGCAGAACACAUUAAGGCCCAGGCCCGACGCACAGAGAGGAAGAUUAGGGAGCAGUUUAAGAAGCUUCACCAGUUUCUAGCAGAGGAAGAGGAGGCCAGGCUGACCGUGCUGUGGGAGGAAGAGGAGCAGAAGAACUGGAUGAUGAAGGAGAAGAUGGAGGUUCUGAGCAGAGAGAUAGCAGCUCUUUCAGACACAAUCAGAGCCACAGAGGAGGAGCUGAGAGCUGAAGACGUCUCAUUCCUGCACAACUACAAGGCUGCGGUGGAAAGAGCCCAGCGCUGCCCCCUGCUGGAUGAUCCACAGCUGCCCUCGGGAGCUCUGAUAGACCAGGCCAAACACCUGGGCAACCUGACCUUCAGCAUCUGGAACAACAUGAAGUAUAUGGUCUCCUACACUCCUCUGAUUCUGAACCCAAACACUGCCCAUCCGGGACUGAUCCUGUAUGAAGGUCUGACCACCAUGAGGGUUGGAGACCGGCAGCAGCUCCCCGAUAAUCCAGAGAGGUUUGAUCAUCUCUACUUUGCCCUGAGCUCAAAGGGCUUUGAUUCAGGGAAGCACAGCUGGGAUGUUGAGGUUGGAGAUAACAGAGGUUGGUCACUGGGCGUGUUAGCAGAGUCUGACCAGAGGAAGGGAAACAUACGGUCUGGACUGUGGGGACUGGGAUACAGUCAAGGUCAGUACUAUGCAGGAUCAUCAGCAGAUCCAGAAGCUGCUCUCUCGGUGAACAAGAAGUACAAGAGGAUCAGACUGAAUCUGGACUGGACCAAAGGAAAGCUGUCGUUCUCUGACGCUGACACUGGCAAACACAUACACACCUUCACACACACUUGCAGUGAAAAAGUGUUUCCAUUCUUUGCCACUGUGGUUAAAUACCCCAUUAGGCUGUUACCAGUAAAGUUCUCACUGUCAGUGAAGCAGAACAGUUAG